AUGGCAGUCCGAAAAGUCUAUGGAAGCCUCAACUCACAGGCCACAUUGAAGGUUCUGGCAUGCCUCUUUGAGAAUGAUCUUGAUUUUGAGUUUGUUUCAGUCAAUCUUGAUGCUGGAGAGAAGAAGAAGAAAGCAUGUCUUUCCAUGAAUCCAUUUGGUCAGGCUCCAGUAUACGAGGACAGUGGCAUCAAGCAAUUCGAAUCAAGGGAAAUAAUAAGAUGCAUGGCCCAUGAAUAUGACGAGAAAGAAGAAGAGCUAGUUUACUGGGAUGGCAGGGAUCAGGCCAUAGUAGCUAAUUGGGUUGAUGUUGAGGACCUCCAGUUUGACCCACCAGCAACGAAACUAACAUUUGAGAUUGUCAUUAAGCCAAACAAUGGCUUGGCUCCUGACCAAGGUGUAGUGGCCGAGGCUGAAGCUAAAUUAAGCAAUGUUAUUCUUGAUGGUGAAAUUUUAAAAUGGUGA